GGAGGGAGAAAGAGAGCAAGGGGGAUAGAGAGAGAGAGAGAGGGGAGUCCAGGCCCAAAUAAAGCCAUGGGGGCCGGGGCUGGGCUGGGCCCCCUAUAGCUAUAAAUACGCUGGCCGCCUGGAGGUUCGGGUUUGGUGGUUGGGGCUUGGGACCAGUGACAACCACUGCAGCAGUAGCCUUCCUCAGGGGAUUCUCCUCCGCAUACUCAUUAUCCUCAUCAUCCUUAUCCUGGUCAUCAGUGUUCUGGGAAUCAAAGAUGCCUCGCGUGGACGUAGACCUCAAGCUGGACUUUAAGGAUGUCCUCUUCAGACCCAAGAGGAGCAGCCUGAAGAGUCGCUCAGAGGUGGACCUUCAGAGGACCUUCACAUUCCGAAACUCCAAACAGACCUACAAUGGCAUCCCCAUCAUCGCCGCCAACAUGGACACCACAGGGACGUUUGAGAUGGCACAGGUCCUCAGCAAACACACCCUCUUUACAGCCAUUCAUAAACACUACUCUGUAGAAGACUGGAAAAACUUUGCUGCUAAUCAUCCAGAAUGCUUAGAGCAUUUAGCCGCCAGCUCCGGAAGCAGCAAGGCAGAUCUGGAGAAGCUGUGUGCCAUCAUGGAGGCCGUCCCUGCCCUCAAGUACAUCUGUCUUGAUGUGGCCAACGGCUACUCUGAGUACUUUGUGGAGUUUGUCAAGACGGUCCGGGAGAGGUUCCCCAAACACACCAUCAUGGCCGGUAACGUGGUAACGGGGGAGAUGGUGGAGGAGCUCAUCCUCUCCGGUGCUGACAUCAUCAAAGUGGGCAUCGGGCCAGGGUCUGUGUGCACGACAAGGAUCAAGACAGGAGUGGGCUACCCACAACUAAGUGCUGUAAUAGAGUGUGCAGACUCAGCCCAUGGACUCAAAGGACACAUUAUCUCUGACGGUGGCUGCAGUUGCCCAGGAGAUGUAGCUAAAGCCUUUGGCGCAGGGGCCGACUUUGUGAUGAUGGGAGGAAUGCUCGCGGGCCACGACCAGUGCUCUGGGGAGGUCAUCGAGAAGAACGGCAAGAAAUACAAGCUCUUCUACGGCAUGAGCUCUGACACGGCCAUGAAGAAAUAUGUGGGUGGCGUUGCUGAGUAUAGGGCGUCUGAGGGGAGGACAGUGGAGGUUCCCUACAGAGGAGACGUGGAGAACACCAUCCGUGACGUGUUGGGGGGCCUCCGCUCCACCUGCACCUACGUGGGUGCCGCGAAGCUCAAAGAGCUGAGCAGGAGAACCACCUUCAUCCGUGUGACACAACAAUCCAGCCAAAUGUUCACUUAGCAGGGCCUGCACAUGUGAGCGCACACACCCAGGUUGCAUGAUAGGCAUUGUGCGUGCAUCAGCGAGUUAAAAUGUGCGAUAGGAGGGCAGAGGUGUAACACAUACAGGAAAAAAAACGCACACCCACACAGAUCUUUCUACAUGACCACCCAACCUGUUUCUCUCAGGAUAUCUGCUGUCAGAAAAGCUAUUAGUCUCCUGCAGGUUGUGAUUAAAAAAAACUCAAAGUUUGACUUGAAGAAUCACCACGCUGUAAUCAACUUAAUCCUACAGCGAGUGCGUUUACAUGCUUACAGACGCCAUAAUAUUUUUGCGUGCAAAUGUCAUAACAGCUUGGAUGAAUUCUGCUCAGUUCUGAGAAAUGGGAAUAAGAGAGCUAGACUACUGAGGCAUGUGUACUUCAGAGCUGAUCUUUCAAAAUACUCUUUUAACUUAACUUCACAGUAGUCUAGAUUAACAGCAUAUCGAGAAUAAACGAGAAUGCAAGCUAACACAUCGCAUGUAAACACACUCAGCAGGGGGAGGCUGAUACUCGUGCUAAGAUCAUUUGGGGAAACUUCUAAAGCGUAUGUUGGAAUGAAUGUGUAAAUCAAUAUGCAAUGUUCAGAGACGUCACCCUUUAACUGUCACUGGAGAAAUCAUGUUGCAAUAAACUGCAUGCAGGACCUUCUGCUAAUUUCCUCA